AUGGGCGGCAUAGGUGGCAAUCUUUACCUCAGUAUGUUGAAUGGGACUGAUACGCAAACUUUCGGAAAAGACACCGAUAUCAACAAUCACCUUCAACGCAGCAAGAAUUCCGUGGAUUUUAAAAUGGGAAUUCAGGACACCAGAUUAUAUUACCAAGACUCAAUUCAAAACGGACAGGACGGAUCGGCACUGCCGUACCACGCAGACCAAACUGUGGCCGGAUUCGGAGCGCAACCCGGGAGGUUUUACUCACCAACUCCCCACAAUAGCUGCCAUUUCAGCAGUGUCAGGUCGCCGACUAGAAACGGAACGGGACAGACUUAUUUACCAACGGGAAGCGAAGGUUUCUCGACAACUAGUAAAGAACUUUACCCUGCCUCUGCGGAGAGUUAUCCCGCACCCGUUCAACAUGGGUACUAUCGCACGCCACUCUACCCAUUACCUGGGCUACAGGUGUGCGGGAAGACGCAGGCUCUCCUCAACAACUAUCCUCUGUGGGCGAAGUUCCACAAAUACCAAACCGAAAUGAUCAUAACGAAACAGGGGCGGAGGAUGUUCCCCUUCCUGAGUUUCAACAUCAGCGUUCUGGACCCGUCAGCCCACUACAAUGUGUAUGUGGACGUGGUCCUAUCCGACCAGCACCACUGGAGGUACCAGGGAGGCAAGUGGGUCCAGUGUGGCAAAGCAGAGGGUAACAUGCCAGGGAACAGGAUGUAUAUGCACCCAGACUCUCCCAACACAGGGGCUCACUGGAUGAGGCAGGAGGUGUCGUUUGGCAAGCUCAAGCUCACCAACAACAAGGGCAGUGCCAACAACGUGGGGCAGAUGAUCGUUCUGCAGUCACUUCAUAAGUACCAGCCACGGCUGCACAUCGUCGAAGUGAAGCAGGAUGGUUCUGAGGACCUCUUCCUCACCGCCAAGGCCCAGACCUUCGUCUUCCCAGAGACCCAAUUCAUCGCCGUCACAGCCUAUCAGAACGCAGACAUCACCCAGCUGAAAAUAGACCAUAACCCCUUUGCUAAAGGUUUCCGGGACAAUUAUGACGCGCUGUACGCACCACCUGACUCAGACCGUGUCACCCCCUCUCCCACCGAGGGCCAGCAGCUUUUGGCAGGUACCUGCUAUACCCAGGGGUACCUGAUGGACCAGUACAUGAACCCCCUGCCCCAGAACCGCUUCUACAGCCGGGAGCACAUGGCAGGCAUGGGCCAUCAGACCAAAGACCCCUCAGCCAGCCCCCACAGCCGCUGGUACCUCUCUCCCCAGCAAAGUGUCACCUCCAACCGGCUGGACUUCAACUCCUAUGAGGGUGACUUCUCCAGCAACAGCUUCUACAAGCCCUUCCCCCUGCAGACGUCGGCCCACCACACGCUGAGCUACUACGAGGACAGCCCGUUCGCCACGGCCAGCGUAUCCAUCUCAGGAGCCUCCUCGGCAGCCUGGAGCACCGGCCGGCCCUCCCCUCAGUACCUCAACCAUCCCUGUCCCAGUAAAGUCGGCCCCAGUCUAGGCUGGUUCAGGCCUGUGUCCUCUCCCUCUCCAGGUCACCCCAGGCUCCGCCCCCCACCAUCACUGCAGGACAAGCCCAAGGAGGCAGGGGUGGGGGGAGAGGACCCCUGGCUGGAACCCCCCUCAGUCAAAUCGGUGGACUCGGCUGACUCCGGCCUGUUCGAGGGCGGGGCAGAGGGCAAGAAGCGGCGAGUGUCACCCUACGCUUCCAGCACGGAGAACUCGCCGCCCACCCGUAGCGUGGAGGUCUGUGAAAAGGACUGCGGUAGUGAUGCCGGCUACUACGGCUUUUAUACCCACUGAAGCCGCCCACCCACCACGUAAAUACCCUCUCCUAGUGUCCCCCUCCUGUCCUCUUUGUGCUUUGGUAUCUCCCACAUGGCCGUGUCUCUCUGCCUGUCCCAUGAAGUCAUGUAAUGGCGCUGGACUGAAGCUCCAUUGGCCACAGAACGCCAACAUCACAGAUGGGCCAGGUAAAUGGCACCUCAGCCAUUUUGACACAUACAGACAGACUGGACCUCUCGACAGCCCAAAAGGGAGGCUACUCUAAGGUUGUGUUUAGGUUACGUGUUUGAGGACAAGGACCUCCUAAGGUCAGACAGGAACACUUUGAACAUGACUGUUAAUGUGUGCGAGGGCCAAAGUGCAAAGGCGAUUUGACUGGGUCCACAGACACUGCCCUAGAAACAUGCAGACACACAGACACACAGACCUCUGACUUAAGUCUUUUUAACGUUUGGGGAUUCAAAAAUAAGACGUCUGCACACCUGCUGACAGACCCCUGC